ACCGAGCACGUUAAUCACGCAUGUGCCACUGGCUUUUUGUUUCCUGUUGUGACUUCUCAUUUUCCUUCGCCAGCUGAGCUGGCUGAGCUCGAACCCUGCAGCGCUGACGGGUCCCCAGCCUCCGGCAGCCUGCAGAUGGCUUUCUGCACCUCGGUGCGGCUUCAGCUGCUGAGCCUCUUGCUUGGGCUCUUGUCCAUGAACAAAGCAGGGGCCGGGGCCCAGGAGUUCCAGGUGGUGCAGCCCCAGGGCGCCGUGUCGGUGUCAGCAGGACAGACUCUCACCCUGCCCUGCUCUGUGACUGGGAACCCUCCGACAGGACCCACGAAGUGGUUCAAGGGCUCGGGCCCCACCCGCCAGCUGGUUUAUGAAGAUAAAGACUCAGCUAAAGGAUCAUUCCCCCGGGUGACGAAGGUGACCAACAUUGACACCGACUUCACCAUCCGCAUCAGUGACACCCGCCACGAGGACGCCGGGACCUAUCGCUGUGUGAAGUUCAAGAAGGGGCCGGGAGCCGAUGAGGAGAUCGGAUCCGGCGCUGGCACGAACGUGUCUGUGAGCGAUGGUGCCCAAAGUUCAUCUGUGGCCGUGGCCGCGACAGCUGGGACAGUGUGUGUGCUCCUUGUCGUCUUACUCCUCAUCUCCAUUUACUUCUUUGUGAGAAAGAAGAGAGGUACAAGCUCCAGCCCAGACAGGUCUCAAACUCCCUUGCCAGAUAAGACGAGGACCCAGACCCAGCCCCGUGAGGAGAAGGGCUCCGACGUACUCUACGCAGACCUGCAGCACUCGGCGGGGCCCCAGAAGCCCAAGCAAAGCGCCCCAGAAGAACAUUCGGAAUAUGCUGCCAUCAAGGUAACCCAGAGCACGGCCCGGUAGCGAGGAGACAGCCGGGUCUGGACAACCUCAAAGGAAGAGCUGUUGCCGGAGAAGGAAAUAGCAGCGUUCUGCGAGCGUAGCGAGAAAGGCGAAGCAGGUGCCGCUUGUAAAAUGCCAUCACCCGGGUCCCACCGUGUCUUCCCCUUGGGGGGCUAUGAACUGGCACAAAGCCUAUUGAGCCAUGGCACUUUAUUACGCUACUGCCGGCCUGUGCCAGCGCAGGCGUGACUCAGCCCCAGGGAAACUUGUGACAUGGAAAAUCAGCAGCCGCCUGUCAUGUUCCUGUUUUCAUGAGCAAUUAAAGAUGGGCUGUAUUAUCUCUGAGCAGAGCCGACGACGAUUUGCCUAUGAACUCCUGUGGCAGUUGAAAUGACAGGCUAUCGCAUGACCUACUGUGGCUACCCCAUGCCCUGCCUCUGUGGUUUCGGAGCUUGUGGUCAGGACAAAGGCUUCCGGUAGUGGGAUACACACACACGGGGCUGACUUUUCUUCUUCCCUGGAGAUGCUCCACCCCUGCUUUUCUCCAAGGCCCCGCCCCCACCCCACCUCUUCCCACCUAACAACUGUGAGGACUACUGGCUGCAGUUCACACUGACAAAACCAAACAAUCCACUCACCCACAAAAGAGCCUGGGCUCACACUGUACAAGGCACAGCGCCUUUGGGAAGGAAGGCUGAGUUUCUAACCAACGUUCCUUCUAAUCUUUUCCAUCCAGGUGCAGAAUUUUUCCAUCCACGUGUGGAAUACUUUUUUUAUGUGCACUGAGGCACCAGCAGAAAAACACCUAGCCACAGGGCACCCCUGGAAUUGCUCCCGAGUGGCUGCACAAGCGCCCAGAGUACAGGGAACACUGGCUCUAACCCCCCAUACUCAGCACCCUUGGCUCUAGAGGAGGCAAAGCAAAAUACAGAUGGCCUCUCUCCCUCUCCAGCAGCUUUCCUGACCCACGGCUCCUUCUCAGUGUGCCCUGCUUCCCUCCACAUGCCACCUUCCACCAGGCUUGGCUUCCCCCGUUUUGCAGGGCUGCCCCUCACCAGGUUGGACA